CUGAAGACUCUUCUGAAUCUGAGACUGAUGAUAGCGACAAUGAUUUUAAAGACACCAGGGAACCUCAGCCAGGUGAUGUUUCCAAUAUAAAGCCCUUGAGCUGUUCAGUUUGUAAGAAAUGUUUUUCAAGGAGACAAGGUUUACGUAGACACCUGAGAACUCACACAGGAGAGAAACCGUUUAGCUGCUCAGUGUGUGAUAAAAGCUAUGGAGAAAAAAGUACUCUGCAGUAUCACAUGAGAACUCACACAGGAGAUAAACCAUUCAGCUGCUCAGUUUGCGAUAAAAGCUUUGGACAAAAGAAUACUCUGCAGACACAUAUGAGAAGUCAUACUGGUGAGAAACCAUUCAGCUGCUCAGUGUGUGAUAAAAGCUUCAGUCUAAAGACUAAUCUUCAGUUACACAUGAGAACUCACACAGGUGACAAACCAUUCAGCUGCUCAGUGUGUGAUAAAAGCUUUAGUCGUAAGAGUCAUCUGCAGAGACACAUGCAAAGUCAUAUUGGGGAGAAACCAUUCAGCUGCUCAGUGUGUGAUAAAAGCUUUAGUCGUAAGAGUCAUCUGCAGAGACACAUGCAAAGUCAUAUUGGUGAGAAACCAUUUAGCUGCUCAGUGUGCGAUAAAAGGUUUGGACAAAAGAGUAAUCUGCAGUUGCACAUGAGAACUCAUACAGGUGAGAAACCAUUCAGCUGCUCAGUGUGCGAUAAAAGCUUUGGACAAAAGAGUUCUCUGCAGUUGCACAUGAGAACUCACACAGGUGAGAAACCUUUCAGCUGCUCAGUGUGUCAUAAAAGCUUCCAUUUAAAGCGUAUUCUGCAGUUACACAUGAGAACUCACACUGGUGAGAAACCAUUCAGCUGCUCAGUGUGCGAUAAAAGCUUUGGACAAAAGAGUACUCUGCAGUUGCACAUGAGAACUCACACUGGUGAGAAACCUUUCAGCUGCUCAGUGUGUGAUAAAAGUUUCAGUCAAAAGAGUGCUCUGCAGACACAUAUGAGAACUCAUACUGGUAAGAAACCUUUUAGCUGCUCUGUGUGCCAUCAAAACUUCAUUAAAAAGAGUUCUCUAGAGGACCACAUGACAACUCACACAUCCAGCUCAGUCUGCAGUUAAAGCUACUUUAUUAAAAGUACUAUGCAGAGACACAUGAGAACUCACACAAGAGAGCAGCAGGUAAUUAAGAAUCCUGUCCUGUGACAUUAGAACAACAGUGUCUGGCGGCUAGGUCUGUAACUAUUCUGAAUCAGAGUGAGUGAUAACAAUGUGACAAUGGAAAACAACUUUCCCCUGCCUGGCUUACGGGAUCACUGGCAACUCAGCAAGAGUUUACCCAUUUCUCCAGGAACCACUACACCACUGAACAUAGUGGGCAUAAAUAGCUGCGCACAGUUUAACUGUGUUCAUUAAGCACUGGACUGCUUAACUUUUUAAAAUGUAAUGUAUUGAUCUAGUUUUAUUGUUGUGAUUUUGUUAUGGUUUAUGUUAGGUUACUGUGUUACUCAUGUUCUACACUGCUAUGGUGAUCUUAGUUAAAUGUUAUGUUCCACACAGAAACAGUCUUUGUACAACAAACUGUUUUUAACUUGCCACUUUUCAUAUAAGAUCACCUCGGCCUUUAACACAACCACACACAGCAGAGAGGACCUUUAAAACAAUGCUUUGUCUCUGCUGAACAAGCUCAACAUACAGUGCAACACACACUCUGUUUUUGUUAUUUAGUUUAGUGCAUUGUAGUUUGAUCAUAUUGUCUGUUUAUACUUUAUCUUUUUAAUAAAUGCUAUCAAAUAUACAUGCUGGUUUAUUAAAUAUUCCACAAACGUGAAGGAUACCAAACUAUGUUGAGCUACAAAUCCUUCAGCUGACUUAAUGUGAACAUGAUGAACUUAGUUAUAGUUAUUGAAUAAAUAAAUUAGUGUUUCAGAUUAAUUGUUUUGUAUAUUCUAUGAGUCUGAGUAUCACUCAGUUAAUAGUUUUCCUUUAAGGGUGGUGUCCCGAGGAACUUCAAAUAUAAUACGUAUAAGGAUAUUGAUUACUGUUAUUUUUUAUUUUCUUUGAUCAUUUUGAUAGCCAGAAUUAAUUGAUUGCUCCUACAAAGUUUUAUGACCCUUUAAAUCAUUGUAAUUACAACAAUGUACAAAACUUAUUUUUUGUUUUUGGUGAAUAUUUUUUAUUCUUUGCCUGUUUAAUCAGUAGAAUGAUCAUUGUUGUAUUUUCUGUACUUUAUUUUGUCUUUGUUUUAUCGAUCCAUCGAGUCCACAUUGUAACUUACAGGAAACAUUAUAAAACAUAAUCAUUAAUGUCAGUUUAUGGGUUCAUGUGUCCUAAAGUUUCAGGUUGCAAUCAAUAAACUUUAUUUUCAUAAAAGGA